AUGUGGAAACGAGGAAAUUUUGUUCGCAGGCCCGUCGACGUGGUGGAUACGCAAGGCGUCUGCAAGGCCGCCUCGUCGACUGACCGUCUCUUCCGGCCGCCGCCCGACGCGAAGCUGUGCACGGAGAGCGUACCUGCUGCGUCUCCCCACAGGGCGGCCGACCGAUCGCCGAGCAGUGCAGAGAUGAUGGUCAACGACACGAGCGGCAUCGACGAGAGCUUCUGCAUGGACCGAUCGGUGGUCUCGGUGCUCAGCGACUCGGCGACCGGCUCCUCCUUCACCUCUUCGUACUGUACGACGUGCCAGACGACCUCGUGCAUCCAGUACCAC